UAAUUUUGUGUUGCUAUUUGGGCAUAGUAAAACAACCACAGAUUUAGCAGAAAACAUCUGGGUCAUAUUUGCAUGUUCCUCUGUCAGUGGUAUAAUUCUAACCUUGAAAUCAGUAUUAGGCAUAAAAUAAUGUCUUUAGAAUGAUUCAUAGUGUACAUGUGAAAAUCUUUACCUUACAAUGGUUAAUGAAAGAUUUUAUGAGUGAGUGUGACAUGCUAGAGCAAGUAUUGGAUUUCAUUCAGCAAGUUUUAUGCAAUGCAUUAAAAUAAACAAAAUAAUUCUUAGUGAAUUCCUCUCUUAAUGUUUUAUUGAUAUUGGAUUUUCCUUUUGCAUGAGAAGUGUUAAGUUAAUUCUGUCUGUUUUAUAUCAGGUACAUGGAUUUUUUCCCCGUACCCUCAAACAUAAGCACAGACUUCCUGUUUGAGAAAAGCGCAAACUACUUUGACACUGAAGUUGCCCCGAAGAGAGCAGCCGCCCUGUUACCAAGAGCCAAAAUCAUCUCUAUACUCAUCAACCCUGCUGACCGCGCGUAUUCCUGGUACCAGCAUCAGAGGGCUCAUCAGGACCCUGUGGCGUUAAACCACACGUUUCACGAGGUGAUCUCUGCAGGACCAUCGUCUCCCGCAGCUCUGCAGUCUCUGCACCGCCGCUGCCUGCAGCCUGGAGCCUACAGCAGCCAUCUGGAGCGCUGGUUACACCACUAUCAGCCCAGUCAGCUGCUGAUCGUGGAUGGUGUGCAGCUGCGCUCCAGUCCUGCUCAGCUGAUGGAUGGCAUUCAGAAGUUCCUCGGAGUCACACCGUACUAUAACUACACACAAGCGCUGACGUUUGACGAGAGUAAAGGUUUCUGGUGUCAGAAACUGGAGGCAGGACGUACUCGCUGUCUGGGAAAGAGCAAAGGAAGGAAGUAUCCAGAAAUGAGCCUGGAGUCAAGGGUGUUCCUGUCGGAGUAUUACCGCGAGCAGAACGUGGAGUUACUCAGGAUGUUGAAACGUCUGGGUCAGCCUCUGCCCAUUUGGCUCAGAGAUGAACUGCACAACGCCAGCUGGAGCUGAUCAGAACCUGUGUAAGGAGAACCACGGCAGAACCCUGCUCCACACAGGAGACCUCAGGGCCCGUGUGCGGCAGGAGCCAAAAGAGGACUGACCCCCCUCGCCCACCAAACUCCGCACAGGCUCUGAUGAAACAGCGGGCCGAUCACGCUGUCAGUCUGCAUGAAGCCCUCAGAGUCACAGGAGAAGCCCUCAACCUUGUUAUGAAAACUUGUAGUGGACAUUCAUGGAGAUGUGGAAAUGGAAGCGACCUGAUUGGACAGCUUUAAAAAGACUUCUAGAGUGGUUGGAUAUCAGCUGUGAACUGGUUGUUUUGAAAUGGAAAUACAGUCUUCUAGGAAGCAUUCUGUGGAAAUACCCAUGAAAGGAACGGGACUAUGAGAGGAUUAUUUAAAUUUUAACUCUGCUAAGCAGAGAAGUAUUUAAAUAUGUGUCUCAUAAAUUUAUGCCAUCUUGAUGCCUUUCUCAAAAAGUUGCUGUUGAGGUGAUUUCUGUUUGACGUCAAAAAACAGCCCAAGAAGCUAUCAAGAAGAUUUGAGGUUCAUAUGUAGCUACUUUUAAAAUUGUUUUUAUUUAAUUUAAUGAACUGGGCAAAUGUUUCUUUAUUAAAAUUAUACUUUUUUACAUUAUUGUUCAAAAAUUUGGGGUAGGUAAGAUUUGUUUUGUAUAUUUUUUAUGUUUUUGAAAGAAGCCUCAUAUGCUCACCAAGGCUGCAUUUAUUUGAGAAAAAAUACAGUUUAAAAAAAUUAUAUUGUGAUAUAUAAUUGCAACUCUUUUCUAUUUAUUAUUUUUAUUAAUGUAUAUUAAAUAUUUUAUGUUAUUUCUGUGAAAUCAAGCAGCCAUUACUCCAGUCUACAAUGUCACUUGAUCAAAUAUGCUCAUUUGUUUUUCAAGAAGCAUUUAUUUUCAAUGCAUCCAAUCUUGAUGACUUUUUCCUGGAUUCUUUAAUGAUUAAAAAAUGUCCAAAAGAACAGCAUUUAUGUGAAAUACAAAUCACUUUUGAUUAAUUUAAUGAAUUCUUGCUAAAUAAAAGUAUUAAUUUCCUAAAACUUAAAGCUUACUGACUCCAGACUUUUGAACACUAAUGUAUGCGUUCUGCAGACAAUGGCACUGUUCCAAAUCCUAGCACACAUUUCAAGGUAUCAUAGCCAUUUAAGCAGGAAUCAUAAUUAUUCUGGUUUUAAUUGAACUGUGUUUUACUGUAACACCAAAGCAGCACUGAAAUUCAUCAUUUAUGGAAAAGGCAACUUCAAGAAUCAUAGUGGAUUCCAAUACCUUUGGAAUCUUUAGUGUGGAAUUGACACUUAUGUUAAUCAAUCCAAAUCACUUGCAUCAUCCACAGUGUUCCACGAUAAUACUUUUGUAGGCAGUAUACCAGAAGAAACUAGAACUAGGUUUUGGAACAGUCUAAUAUCAGUGCAGAACCAAAGCAAAAAUGUUUUUAUACGUGCCAAACUAAAUUGCACCUGGAAAACCUUUCUUUUUGUUUUGUUUUUUUAUGUCCAAAAUGACAACUACAUUAUACUGUAUUGAGUGAAUGUGCAUUGUGUUUGUGUAGCAACAGUUGGAUACAGGUACAUAAAAAUGAAUCAACAGUUAAUGUGAUCUCUAGUCAUGUCUGGUGUUCAGUUUAAGUACACGCAUAUAUUGGGAAAUAAAGGCACAGAAUGGA